GGACGGAGCUUCUUGCGUUUGGUACGAAAGAAUACCAAGGAUUUUCCUUUUUCAAGAGUCCGCGGCUGAACGUGCUUCUUGACUCUUCAAUAGGCUUGUUCAACGCUCGCUGUGGGGAAGUGCAGCCUUGGAUUUCAACCAGGCAGAGAAGCGCUUCACGUACCUCGCCGCCCACCUCACAGCUCAUAAAUCCCGUGUCCGCUGCAAACGAUAUUCCCUUUUCAAAAAUUGAUUACUUUGAAAGCUUCGCACUGGUCAGCGCUGUCAUUGUCACUGAUUUUCUGAUCAUUUACACGGGACCUACUUCCUACAAAGUGCCUGCCAUCGUCUCCGCCUUUUGACCAGAGGGCCACAGCUUCAGAAGCCCAACUAUGGCCGGGACUCCUGCGCCUGCGAGUGCGACAUCUCACAAUGUUGCCGCUUUGCUGCCAAAGCUCUACGAGGAUGAUCCAGACUUACGUUAUAUGGGCUUGAACGACCUACAUCAGCUUCUCACCGCGGGGCCUCCGAGUUUGCUGGUUCACGAUGUCCAUGUCAGCGCAAAAACCGUCGAUGGCCUGCUUCACGCCUUGAACGAUAAUAACGGCGAGGUUCAGAAUAUGGCCAUCAAAUGCCUGGGUCCCUUUGUGAACAAAGUCUCCGCCGAUCAGAUUCUUUGCCCCAUGAUCGAUAAGAUUUCCACGUUGAAGAUUGGCGAUGCUGUCGAUAACUCAAUUCCAGCCUUGGCUCUCCGCUCCAUUGUCGUGAGCUUGCCGCGGCCAAGUCCAGGAGUACCACGCUCAAAGCCUGUCCAAGAUGCAUACUCUGCUGUCAGCUGUGCUCUGAUCCCUCGCCUUGUGGGUUACAUGGUCAUCCCUCCACAGCGCAAGGAUCUGCCGAAACCACCGAAAGGGAUGCUCCAAGAAGAUAUGGAAAAUGGGACAGACAGCAACGCUAUAGACGUGCUCACUGAAGUUGCUCGCUGCUAUGGCCCUAUGCUUCAGGAGUCUGAAGUCAACGCUCUCGUCAAAAUCUCACUUGAGAUCCUGCAGCACGAGCGAACGACGUCUGUGCUCAAGAAGAAGGCAGUAACAGCUAUUGCGACUCUUGCGUCAAACCUCUCAGACAAUGCUUUGUCGCAAUUUGCAACGCGUAUUAUUGAGCUCCUUCGUGAUCCGCACCUUACCAAGAGCAAACGGAAGCUUUACAUUGGUUUAUUUGGCUCAUUGGCGAGAUCCAUACCCACAAAGUUCGGAAAAUAUCUAAAAUUCAUCACCCCAUUCGUUCUUUCCGCAUUAAGUCAAAAGGAGAUCGAUGAUGAUCUUGCUGCUCUGGAAGAGACUGAGGAGCGCGAUCCUGAGGCUGACGAUGUCCGCGAGGCUGCCUUGAUUGCACUUGAAGCCUUCCUAAGCUGUUGUGUGGACGACAUGAAAAUCUACACGCAAGAAUCUAUUGAAGUUAUUCUUCGCUUCCUCAAAUAUGACCCAAACCUUGCAGAUGAUGACGAGGAGAUGGAAGAGGACGCUGAGGAGGAUGACACUUUCGGUGGCGAUGAAGAUUUCGAAGAAGAGGCUGGCGCAGAUGAUGAAGAUGACACGAGCUGGAAGGUCCGUAGAUGUGCAGCAAAGGUUGCAGAUGUAUUCAUUGAGACACGGAGCAACGGCGAUUUGCUCGAUAACGGAAUCCUGUACGCUCAAAUCGCGCCAGCACUAGUUUCACGAUUCAAGGAACGCGAAGAGACUGUUCGGGUGGAAGUCCUAACGGCACUGGCACGGCUAAUCAGGAUCACCGGAGGUCGGGGUGUAAGAACUACCUCUUCCUUCCUCGACAGUCCCUCACACAGUGCACUUCCGUCUAGUCGCAAGAGGCGCCGAGGAAGCAGCAACGUCAGCGCCAUGGACUACCAAACAAUGGCGCAAAUCCAAGAGACACGAGUCCUUACACCUCCUCCAGAUAGUGCAAGAGCAAGCCUGGAGAGGUUGAGCCCUGAGAUUGUGAAAGGCGUUUCCCAGCUUCUUAAGACCCAACCGUUGCCAACAAAACAAGCCUCCAUUUCUCUGAUGAAGGAUUUGUCGGAAGCGCUGCAGGGUCGACUCAAUGGUUACUUGGACCAAACGCUUGAUCCAGUCCUGGAUGCUGUCAAGACAUCUGGUUCAGCGAGCACCACGACAGGUUCCCACGUUGCGUCUGCGAACACAUACCGUAUUGAAGCACUUCACUUCCUACGUGCUAUAGCACAAGCUCAUCAGUCACAAGUCUUGUCUCCGUAUCUUGAGAAAAUCGUGCAGGCAAUCGUCAGUGCCGUGAACGAUAAAUACACGAAAGUUUCUGUUGCUGCUCUAGAAGCAGCGGAGGCAUAUGUGAGGACCCUCACAGCAACCGGCUCCAGCGUGGGCCAGAAUUACAAAACAUACAUCAAGAAGAUUUACGACGCUGUCAGCAGUCGCAUUGUUGCGCAAGACUCGGACACCGAAGUUCGCCGUCUCGCUAUCCGCUGCAUGGGCACGCUUCUCGGUCGCUCAGCUCUCACUCAAGUGCUUGACGCCUCCGAUAAGGCGACAGGCUAUGAGCUCUUGCUGUCACGACUAAAGAAUGAGCUUACUCGUUUGUCAUCGGUGCGUGCCAUCGAGACUGUAGCAGUUCUGGUUCACGACCCGAAUGACUAUCCUCAAGGCUGGGUCGCAGCUGUAGCUGUCGAGCUUGGUGCACAGCUGCGCAAAGCGAGCCGUGUCCUUCGGGGUUCGAGUCUGCAAACGCUCAAAGAAUUAUCUCUUAAUGUCAGCGUAGCACAUUUGGACACAAAGACGAUCAAAGAACUUCUUCCCCUCCUGCUUCCAAUCUUGCACACUGGCGAUCUGCAUAUGAUUGGCUCUGCACUUCUCAUCCUUAACGCAUAUACGCAGAGAGAUCCUAAGACUGUGGUUAACAAAGACUUCAUCAAUGCCUUUGAUACAAUGCUUACUGGCACCAUGGUUGGUGGCACAGCUCUCGACAACUUACUCAUCCUCACUCGUAGCAUCGGGGAAAAUGAUGUCGGCAAGGACGUAAUGAGUCAACUGCUGUCUCAAACCAGCAUGAAAGCUAACCCAGAUUUGGUUGGAAAAGUCAUCGGCAACCUUCUUGUCGCUGGCGGCCCGAAGGUUGGUGUUAAGCUGGACAGCUUUAUCAAGGAGGCGCAAGGUAAUCAUGACGACAAGCGUAAGUGUCUUGCUUUGGCUGUGCUAGGAGAGGCUGGCUUGCGCAUGGGCUCAGAUUCUCCACUGCAGCCUCAACUCUUCAUUGAUUUCUUCCAGGAGAAGUCGGACAAGAUCCCAAUUGCUGCUGCAGUUGCGCUUGGUCGUGCUGGUGCUGGGAACGUCCCAAAGUAUCUUGAGGCCAUCCUCAAGAACAUGGGCACCCCGGCAGGCAACCAAUAUUUGCUCCUACAUUCGAUUCGUGAGAUUCUGCAACAGGAAGGCACGGAGUCACAGAUCAUCCCGUUCGCGGCCCAGUUGUGGAACAACCUUCUGGCUGCCUCUCAGGUGGACGACAAUCGCGCCAUUGGCGCCGAGUGUAUCGGCCGUCUCGCCGUCUUGGACCCGGCGACUUACCUGCCGCAACUGCGGACCUUCCUUACAGACCAAAAUGCCAGCGUUCGUGGUAUGGUUAUCUCCGCAUUGCGAUUCACGUUUAGCGACACGGACGAGAGCUACGACUCCAACCUGGAGCCGAUCAUCAUCGGCAUGUUACAGACCAUGUUGAAUGAGCAGGACUUGGAGAACCGCCGUCUGGCCAUGACCACUGUCAAUUCAGCCGCCCAGCACAAGCCAAACCUCAUCGUGCCGCACCUGGGCGAUCUGUUGCCGCUGUGCAUGAACGAGACGCAGAUCCGCCCAGAGCUUAUCCGCGAGGUUCAAAUGGGGCCGUUCAAGCACAAGGUAGACGACGGUCUUGAGAUCCGCAAGUCCGCCUAUGAGACCAUCUACUCCCUGCUCGACAUCGCCUUCCCCCUCCUCGACGUGCCCACCCUUUUCUCCAGAGUCGUGGCGGGUCUCGCGGACGACCACGACAUCCGCGACCUGUGCACUCUCCUCCUCCAUCGGCUCAUCGUGCUCGCCCCGUCCGAAACGGCGUCACGCCUCGACAACUUCGUCGACCCGUUCAAGACGAUCCUGUCUCAAAAGCCAAAGGAGAACGCGGUCAAACAGGAGAUGGAGCGGCUGGCCGAGGAGCAACGACACGUCGUUCGCGUCAGUCUCGUUCUGGCCAAGAGAUUCCCGGACGAAAGCUCCGAGCUUACCAGAGCGUGGGGCGCGUACUGGGACUGGGUGAAGAAGGAGUUUGCGUCGGUCGUCAAGCACGUCGAGGACGAGGCGAGAGAGAAGGAACGCUGAAACGCACCCACUUCUUCUUGUGUUUUUUUUUUCUGCGUUUUGCUGCUGCCCUGGUGCAGUCGUGUUUGACGAAGCGAUGUGUCCUACGAAAGAUGCAUGACAAGAAAUGAAGUGAAAAAGGAAGCUGAACGGGGAGGAUGUUGACCUGUGGGCAAAGGACGGUAGAGGAGCGAAAAGUGUGCCGUACAAUUGCAAGUAGUCAUGAUCAGAUCGAGAAUGCAACAUGCUUUUUAACGACA